ACGCGCGCGCGCGCUCCCGCCCCGCCGGCGCGGCGAAGGUUCCGGAGCCCCGCGCGCGCCCCCGCCCCGCCCGCGCCGCCGCCGCCGCCGCCGCUGUCACCGUCACCCGCCACCGCUGUCACCCAGCCGGCUCCGGUGCGGACACCCCCGCAGCGGCAGGUACCUUUGCUGAGAAGUGGCAGAGCAGCCUCAGGACACCACCAUGAUGGAGGAUCACGCGCCUGGCCAGGAAAAACACUUCUCAUCAGGCUAUCCCCUUCAGAUUCCAGUCGAUGAUGGAUCGGAUGAGCCUGUUUCUGAAACAUCUGACGCUAAGAGCACCCCAACUACGGAAGAUGCCACAGCACCUUUAGUGGAGGAAGGAGACCACGAGGAUCAGGGUGGUGUGGAACAGCACGGGGAGAUCCCAGAAGGAACCACAGCUGAAGAGGCGGGCGUAGGAGCCACUCCCAACCUGGAGGACCACGCUGCAGGAGAUGCCACUCAAGGCGAGCCGAGCUCUCCGAAGCUCCAGCCUGGCCCUCAGGAGGCAGGAAAAAGUUCCAGCCAGCCCCCAGAGCAGGGGCUGGGGCCUCAGCAGCCACCUCUGUCCCGUGAAAGCAAGGCUCCAGCAGCAGCUGCCACCAGGAUCGAGGUCACCAUCCCAAUCCCCCUGGAGAUGUACCAAGGCUCCGGAGGCAGCAGCGAGCCGUGGCACCAGGCAGGCACAGAAGGCAGCAGUGCAGAGCCACAGCUGGGCCUGGCAGCAGCAGGAGGCACGGCUGACCACAAAGAUGGACCAUCAUCUCCCCUGUGUGCCACAGCCACGGUCAAAGAAGGUUCCAGGGAUGAGGAUGUUGAUGAAACCCCUGGGCAGGGCUUGCCUUCCCUCGUGGAUCAGCGUGCUGCUCUGGGGCCUGAGAAGGGCUCGUGUCCAGCAGCUGCCCAGGAGACUCGUGAAGAAUAUGAUGGAGAAAACAAGUCCAAAGCUGUCCUCAGAGACACCCCAGAGGCACUGCUGGUGGAAGCUGAGUCACAUAAAGCAGGAGAGGACCAAGAGGAGAAGCGAGAGCUGCUGGACGGAGAAGGAGGCCCAGACACCCCCCUGUCAGAGCCUUCUGCAAGUGUCUCCCAAAAACAGGCUGGGCCUGGGCAGGGAGAAGAUUCUGAGCCCGUGCUAGGGACAGCCAAGCCCCCUGCCGAGGCAGAGGAUGAUGUGAAGGAUGAAGGUGCUGCUGUGGGAGAGGCUGUGCUGGCCGCAGGGGCGCGCCGGCCCAGGAGGAAGCCGGGCGGGCCGGCGGCAGACAAGGCCACUCGUGUCCCCCUGCUCAAAGGUCGUGUUGACAAGGAAGGGACUGAAGCUGAUGAAAAGAAACCCAAGAAACCCUCACCUUGCCCUGCCAAGCCCCCUGGCUCCGUGCCCCCCCUGGGGCACGCAGCCCCCUGCAGCCCUGCCAGUGCCUCCAAAGGAGCCUGUCCUGCCACCCCCCGCCCUGCCAGCUCAGGAGUGCAGGAAAAUAAAGCCAAGGGCCCGGAGGCGAGGGGUGGCUCCAAGACGGGCGCGGCGCGCGCGGGGCAGGCGCAGAGGAACUCCAGCAACGCCACCCGCAUCCCUGCCAAGACCCCCACGGCCCCCAAGACCCCUCCCAGCUCCGGCAGAAAGGAGCAGAAAAAGCCACCUCCUGCAGCAGCAAAGACUGAGAAAGGUGAGCAGCCCAAGUCCGGAGACAGAAGCGGUUACAGCAGCCCCGGCUCCCCCGGGACCCCGGGCAGCCGCUCCCGCACCCCCUCUCUGCCCACCCCACCAGCCAGGGAGCCCAAGAAGGUGGCAGUGGUUCGCACCCCCCCGAAAUCUCCCGCCUCCGCCAAGACCCGCGUGCAGCCGGCGGCCGCGCCCAUGCCCGACCUCAAGAACGUCAAGUCCAAAAUCGGCUCCACCGACAACCUGAAGCACCAGCCCGGCGGUGGCAAGGUGCAGAUAAUUAAUAAGAAGCUGGACUUUAGCAGCGUUCAAUCCAAGUGUGGCUCAAAGGAUAAUAUCAAACACAUCCCGGGCGGAGGCAGUGUGCAGAUAAUUAAUAAGAAGCUGGACUUUAGCAGCGUUCAAUCCAGGUGUGGCUCAAAGGAUAAUAUCAAACACAUCCCGGGCGGAGGCAGUGUGCAAAUCGUUUACAAGCCAGUCGACCUGAGCCAUGUGACAUCCAAAUGUGGUUCCCUGGGCAACAUCCACCACAAACCAGGUGGUGGCCAGGUGGAGGUGAAAUCUGAGAAACUGGACUUCAAAGAUAAGGUGCAGUCGAAAAUCGGGUCCCUAGAUAACAUCAGCCACGUCCCUGGAGGAGGCAAUAAAAAGAUUGAGACCCACAAGCUGACCUUCCGCGAGAACGCCAAAGCCAAGACCGACCACGGCGCCGAAAUCGUCUACAAGUCGCCCACCAUCUCCGGAGAUGCCUCCCCGCGCCGCCUUAGCAACGUCUCCUCCAGCGGCAGCAUCAACCUGGUGGACUCCCCCCAGCUGGCCACGCUAGCCGACGAGGUGUCCGCCUCGCUGGCCAAGCAGGGCUUGUGAUCGCGGCGCGGCGGCCACCAGGAGAGAAGACGAGGAAAGGAAACGACAAAGAAAAGAAACAAAAAUAAUAAUCUGGCCUUCUUCCUCUGUUCCUUUUACAGCUGCUUCCCCGUCCCCCUAACUGGUUAAUGAUUUAACCUGCUUUUACUGUUCAUUCAGCUCUAGCUCCAGGACUUCAAAAUCAGUGACACUAUGAGGUACAAAACCUCCUCUCCCCCUGCUCCUCGGAGCGCACAGCCCGUCCCGUGCCCGCGCUCCCCCUCGCCGCCCCAGCCCUGCCGGGGCAAGGCGGGGAGGGGGCCCGGGGGGCGGCCACAGCACGGCGCUGACCGAGCACCCCGCGGCAGCUCGGGUGGCCCUGCCGGGACGGGGCUGCGACCUCGCCCAGCUCGUGUCCUGCCGCUGGCUGCGGGGAGGUGCCCUGCCUCCCUCCCUCGCUCCCGUUAAAUUUGCCUGCUGAUUUGGAAGAAACCUUUUUUUUUUUAUUUCCGAAAGCCGAGAUGUGUAUGAAGAUAACGGCCAGGUACCCCCUAACCCGCUCCCAGCUCCGGCAGCUGGAGUUCUGGCGACGCCGGGUGCCCGCCGCCAGGGGCCCCGGACGGGCCGUUCCCCUCUCCGUGGCUGUGCUGGAACCGCUGAGUGGAUGAGUAGAGGCUUUUCCCCAUUCCUUUGGCAGCCCCUCGUGUCGUAGAGUAGAUUUGUCUGUAUAUGCUUGGACCGUGCCAGGGUGAUUGUUUUCAUAAACGAGCAUGUGUUUAAAAGAAAAAAAAAAUAAUAAAUGCUGUUAAGUAGUUUUGAGCUGCCCCGCGCCGGCUCCGCCGCAGCCCAGCCGGGGGCCCGGGGAGCCCGGCCGGCCCCGGUGCCCAGCCCGGCACCGCAUGUCUGCCGGGGCGAGCUCGGAGGAGGGGCACUCACAGCUCCAGGGCUGCGAUGGCUCCUGGCUUUGGGUGCUGCAGCUUGUGACACUUUUGGGUUGUUCUUUUUCUUUCCCUGCAAGGUCAGCUCAGCGAUGGCGGAGGUGGCAGCUCCAUGGCUCUGCUGCGCCGGUGGCAGCGGUGAGACCCCGGCAGGACGCGGGGGAGGCGGCAGCAGCUCCCCCAGCCCGGGGGCAGCUCCCUGGCUCUGAACCCCCUUUCUGAACCCUUUUCUGCUCCCCGGUGUGAGUUGGCAGCAUCCACCCCUCCCACAGCCCUGACCACCCCAGCACCACUCAGGGGACAGGAGCCAGUCCACUUAUUGCUUUGGCUGCUUUUGUUCCUGUGGCUCCCCGGGGAGCAUGAGGGGGUCCUGUGGCUGUCCCUGCCUGCCCCUUCCCUCUACAACCAAAGAGGCCGAGAUGCCACCAGUGCAGCUGUGUGUGUCCUGCCCUGUCUCCCCCGGGGGCCCCACCGAGCUCUGGGGGUUCAGCUGGAGGUGGGAGGGCAGAGAAGCCCCUGCACCCCCGGGCUGUGCCGCAGGGAAAGCCGUGCUUUCCCAGCCAGGGCUGCAAUCCUGGUCCGACAGGGCUGCCGGGGGGUCAGGGCCCCCUGCUUGUCCUUGGGGUGGUGGCUGGGUGCCACCGAGGCUGCCAGAGCAGCUGUUCCAGGGCAGAGCAGCGAUUCCUCCCCCGGACAGGAGCUGUGAACCCGCUGUCAGCCCUGUCCCUCUGCAGGGCUGGGCUGCCGCAGGCCUGGCCGUGGAUGGAGAUGGUCUGGGGGGGUCCAACCCUUGUCUCUGCAGCCCCAGGAGCUGCUUUAUGGCUGGGGAGAGGCUGGUCCAGCAGCACCAUCAUGUCCAGCUUGUCACUCGCUCCGUUCACUUGACUCCAUGAUUGUAAGACUCUGUGCUCCGUCCCCGACUCCAUAGCGCUGUAGGAGCCGCCUGCUUUUUGUCCUUUGUAGAACGAGCAAGUUGGGAGAACCCUCAAAGCAUCACCUCCUUACCCCCUUGUGGGCUGCAGGACGGGGUAGCUGAGCUGGCCCGUCCUGUGCCACCCCUGUCCCCUCCGUGCAGCCCCUGAGGGACACCAGGGCUGGCACGGCCUUGGUGUGCACCGAGCUCCAGGGAGCAGCCCCUUCCCACCCUGAGUGUCCUCAGCCCGGGGGGGACUGUGGGGUGCCAGGACAGCCCUUUCCAUCCACCACGUCACCCGCUGUCCCCUCCAGCAGCCCGAGCCACGUCCCCUGCCCCAACCCUGCGUUCAGACCCAGGCCCGAGGGUCUGACCCCCGGCUUUCCCUUUACCCCACACACAUCUUGGGUCUGAGAAGGGUUAAAACCGGCACUGAUUUAAAAAAAAAAAAAAGUAUUUCUGCACUCCAAAAGAUUCUGCGUGUUAGCCAAGGUCGGUGCCAGCCUGUGUGGGGUUGGCAGCCCCGCGCCCCCCGCGCCGCGCCGGGGAGGGAGGGAAGGUUUGAUCUCAGUGUAUCAUUCUAGCUUAGCUUCUGUCUGUGGGUGUCCAUAGUGUAUCGUGUGUUUAACAACUGGUUUACACUGUUGCCGUAAAAGUGAAUUUGGAAAUAAAGUCAUUACUACGAUAA